AUGAGGUCCGCAUUCUUCGCCACGGCCCUCACGGCUCUCGCCUCCAACGCGCUCGCCGCGCCGGCCAAGGCGGAGCCCUUCCUCAAGCAGGUCAACAACCAGACGUGGAUCAUCGGCAAUGACGUCUGGAACAUGACGCAGGGCCUCAAGUACGGCGUGAAGCUGUACUACAAGGACCGCGAUCUGGUCGGAAACGCCGUCGGUCACUACGUGAGCUACAACGGCGCAGCAAACGACAUCGCCUGGUCGUCCGCCAGCAUAGCCCACAAGGGCACGCACGACGGCACUCCCUUCAUCGACGUCAAGUUCACCGCAAACGACGGCGACUUCCACUGGGUCAUCUUCCAGGGCCUCGCCGGCGCCUACCAGUACUUCGUCAACCGCGACCUGCCCACACUCGGCGAGUUCCGCACCCUCUGGCGCCUCGACAACACCACCUUCCCCAAAGGCAAGACGGACCUCCACGACAAGGAGCUCCCGACUCUCAGCGACUACCUCCCCGAGAACAAGGUCCAGGACGAGACCUGGCUCGCGCCCGACGGCAAGUCGUACAUCACAAAGUACGACUUCUCCGACUUCAUCCGCACCCAGAAGUACUACGGCGUCUACGGCGACGAGGUCGGCAGCUGGUACAUCAACGCCGGCAAGGACUACUACAACGGCAACCACCUCAAGCAGGAGCUCAUGGUCCACCGCGAGAGCGCCACCGGCGACGCCGUCCAGCUCAACAUGAUCCACGGCACCCACUUCCAGGUCUCCGCCGUCGACGUCUUCCCCGUCGGCAAGAUGUGGGGUCCCUGGCUGUGGUACCUCAACGACGGCUCCCGGUCCGAUGCCGAGGUCCGCGCCGCCUCCGAGUUCGCCGCCUGGCCCUACCCCUGGCUCGACGACGCCGCCUACCACGCCCGCGGCACCAUCAAGGGCAAGCUCCUCCUCUCCGACGGCCGCCCCGCCGCCGGCGCCGCCGUCUUCCUCGGCGACAACCACCCCAACAAGACGGCCAUCGACAUGGGCUCCGACUACUACUACACGGCCUACGCCGACGCCUCGGGCGCCUUCGAGAUCCCGCACGUCCGCGUCGCCGAGGCGGGCUACGCCCUGCAGGCGUGGUCCGCCGGCGGCGAGCUCAAGGACGUGACGACGCACAUCAUCUUCAACGACGUCAACGUCACCGACAAGAAGACGACGGACCUGGGGACCCUGAACUGGGCCGUCUCGAAGCGCAAGCGCCUCUUCCAGGUCGGCGACUUCGACCGCACGUCGCUGGGCUUCACUCACGGCGGCGACCCCUUCUUCGGCCACGCCAUCAUCGCCUCGUGCCCCGCCAACAUCGACUUCGUCGUCGGCGAGUCCGACGAGAGCGAGUGGUGCUACGGCCAGACGCACCAGGGCAACUACACCAUCCGCUUCGCCGUCGACGCCGUGCCCGACCCGGCGCCCGAGACGGCGAAUCUGAUCGUCUCGCUGGGCGGGUACUCGACCGGCGCGAGCAGCGUGGUGUUGGCCAACGGCCAGCAGGUCGGGAACCUGACCAGCGGCGCCGUCGGCGUGGACUCGACCUCGGGCCUGCUGAACGACCCGUCGGUCUACCGCAGCGCGACGAUGGGCGGCGAGUGGCGGUACUUUGAGUUCCCGGUUCCGGGCGCGUUGCUGAAGAAGGGUGAUAACGAGGUGACGUUCCAGCUGACGAGGAACACGACGUGGAGGGGCUUCAUCUGGGACAGCAUUGUUCUGGAGUGGUGA